AUGCCUGAGAUUUCCUACCGGUCCAAUGGAGCCGUCUCCUCUGGCGACGUCCAGGCACGAGACACGCUUGGGCUGAUCCAGGAAAAGUUCGUGGCGUGCACCACCCCCAAAGAACUCCAGUUGUUGAUCGAAGAAAUAGAUCGGGAAACCGCCAAAAUAGACCAUGACAUGAGACAGUACAAGGCAUUGAAGCUGAAGAAACACGAACAGGAAAUCUCCAGUCUUGAGUUCAAGCGUGCCACCAAGUUGGUGUCCACCAUCUCCAAUUCCAACGAGUUGAACCGGAUCUUCGAGACAGCCAAUACCCUUGGCCAUUCGUUGACGUUGAAGAUCAAAUCGUUGGAUCAGGAAAUCGAAAGCGUGGAAAAGACGCUCGAGUUUGUCCAGAACAUCCAGGAGUUGAAAACGAACAUCAACAAGGCCCACUACGCCUUGGAACAUGGAAACUUGGAGGUCACAGCCCAAUGUAUCCACAACGUGAAUUCCAAACUCUCCAAGGAGUUGAUCAAUGGCAAAUUUGCGUCGCUGGUGAUUCCAUCCACAGAGAUUCCCGAUCUUCCUGAGGCCAUUUUGGACAAGUGGUCCCGGGACUUAACUAGGGUGUUUGUGCAAAGAUUCAACGAGGCUUCCACUGCCAGAAACGUCGAGGAACUCACCAAAUACUUCCAGUUGUUUCCCUUGAUUAACCAAGAAGAAACAGGCUUGAACUGCUAUUCCAGAUUCAUUUGUGAUAUCAUCUCAAAUACCCUGAAGACUCUCGUUGGCUCAACAUCAGCAAUCAGUGCAAGCGACCUCAAACCAGGCGUGUUUUCCAAUAUUGCCAUUCUGUUGUUCGAAAGCAUUUCCAACAUGCUUUCCCAGCACGAAACUUUGAUCAAAAGAUACUACCUGAGUAGCUUUCCUGAAGCCAUGGCCUAUGUGAUCAAAAAAAUACAAAAUGAGGUCGAUAGCCAGAUUGGGGUAAUCAGCGAUACCUUCUACGAUCUCAGACGGAUCGACAAAUUAUUCCAAGAUAUUGAAUUGUACACCUUUCCAUUUUUAACCAGAAGAACAGAAGAGCAAGGACACGAGCAGCCCCUCGAACAAGCUGAUCGUGUCCAGGAGGAGGAUGUUAUAUCCAUUGUUCAGGUGGGAGACUUGAUCAACGAGAUUGCAGUGAUAUUCCACCACUGGUCCUUAUACUCCAAGUUUAUUAGUGUAAGGUAUCUCCAGGAACCAAAGGAAAAACCAGGCGUCUUACGCCAACGUCAAAAGUCCAUAAGCUCAAAAUCUCCUUCUUCUUCUACCUCAGUCCUCACAACCAAUUCCCAAGAGCUGAAACCUUCGGACGAUGAACUUAAAUUACCACAGCUCAUUGUGGAUUCCAACUUUACCAAAAAGAUCAACCAAAAGCUCUUGCCUGCUUUCGAGACGUUAUACAUCUUCUACUUCCGGAGAUCUUUGGAAAAGUCUAUCAUGAUUGAAGAAUUACCUUCUCUUGACGCAUAUUUGCAGAUCAACCAGUCCAAUUCCAAUCCAUUGUACAUUUCUCCAGACGACCAUUCACCUUGCUCGUCGGUUAUAGAGGAUAUUACCUUAAUUCUUAACACCACUAUCAGGAAUUCCAUCCAAACUUCCAUUCUUUCUACAGUCAAGACGUAUGUUCAGGAAACACGCCGGAUCCUACAGAAUGACUUAAUCAAUGGGUAUUUCAUUAGAAACUUAAACCAGAACCAACCCAGAUACAACCAAACAUUAUCGUUCGUCUCACCAGAAAGCAAUAAUAAUACCGCAACUCCCACUCCAAGGAGUGGCACUCCUGAAGUGAAUGGAGGCAUGAGUUUCUUCAAAGGGGCUUCAAGUGCCUUGGGAAACGUUGUGGGAACAUCCACUUCAACCAUCUCAUCGUCCAUAGGAGGACUUCGGACUGGAGCAAAUAACCCCAAGUUGCUCAGUUUUAUCAUUCAUUUGAACACUGUUUCUGUUGGUCAAACCUAUUUUACCAAGAUUAUCAACAAUAUCCUUAAAUCUCCCAACUACAUUUCUUCUUCCUUCCCGUACAACGGAGAUGCCAAUAAGGUUGAAUUGUGGUUGACAAAUGACUUUUUGAAUCCGUUUAUCAGCAACACGAACAAGAUCAUCAACGACAGUUUGAUUAAUCUUUACAAUCAAUCGUUAAAAAAUAGAAUCAUCGCCAUGAUCAACGAGAUGAUUCCAGAUGUUCAGGAAACAUAUAUAGUCCACUCCAACGAAGGCGGCAAUGACGAUAGGUUAAUCAGAUUCGGCAACAAUUGGCAGUCAUUAAUCAAGCCCUACAAGCAUACAUUGGACGAAUCCGUCUUCAAUAAGUUACUUAGAUUGUUGGUGAUUAACUUGGUUAACCUAUUGGAGAAAAAGUUACACUCUGUGCUUAAAAAAUCUCGAAUUAACGAGUUGGGUUCAGUAAGGUUAGAGAAGGAUAUCUCCUUCUUCAUCAAUGAAGUCUGUGAAGAUAACUAUCAACUCAGGGAGAAAUUCGUCAGGGUUACCCAAUUAGUGUUGUUGGUCGAUAUGGAUGACGAGGAGUACGAGGAAAGCACCAAGCAUGCCAACCAGGCCGGACAUAGAAAAGGCGAAGAUGGAGAAGAGGAAGACGAUGUAAAUGCCGAAGAUGAGGACGAGUUCUUAGGUAUUAAUUGGGUGUUGACUCCACAGGAAAGAUCACAGAUCAGAAGUUACAGAGUAUGAAAAAAUGAACUAGGUUCAAUUAGAGCAGGGAUUUUGCUACAGGGAAGAUGAACUGACUUAGGGUAGAAGUGAUUCAUGGAGAUGCCAGAAGGUGUUAUACAUCGAAUUGGAAGCUACAUGUACUUUUCGCAGAAUUAGAAAUGGAAUUCGGAGAAGUAUCGCAUUAAAUCCCA